AUGUAUUCAUCCUCAGAUAUAAUAAUUAAAGAAUAUGUUGUUGAUGCAGAUUUUAUUCGUCAAUAUUGUAUGUCUGAUGUCAUAAUUAAUAUGACAGAUUUUCAAUUUUAUAUUGUUUCCGAAUGUCAAUUAUUGUUGAAUAACAUUGAAAAAAUAAUAAAUUCAUUUAAAAUUCAUCAAUUUUUUCUUAAUCAUCAAUGGACAAAUGUAAUUUGUUUCUAUGAUCCAUUAAUGUCAUAUCAACAUCUUUCUUCUUCUACUGUUAAUACACUUCAGUUUAUGAAUGGCUUACAUUUUCUUGGAAAUAUUUUUACUUGGCCACAUAUUCAGGAUAUUUCGAUUGAUUUUUAUCCAUCUCUUUAUUUGUUUCUUGAACGACUUGAUGAAAUAUAUCCAAAUGUUUCUCAUAUUAAAGUUUAUACAGAAUGUUAUAGAGAUGCUGAUCAGUCUGACUUGGCAGUGUUAUUAAGAAUACCAUUCGAAAUAGGUCAACGUAAAGUGAUCGAUAUUCAACUUCAAAAUGUAACAAGACUUGACUUGGGAUUUUGUCAAAGUCCUAUGAUUAAAAGUCGUAAUACAUCAAUAGACAUAAAUAAAGCACGUGCAAAAAUAUUUGCUCAUCUUAUUUCAAUGCCAGUUCAACUUAAAUAUCUUCUUAUUGAAAAAAUCGAAUGGCUUUAUCAUAUUGUUCAAUACGCAUCAACUGAUUUAAAAACAAACGCAUUGAAUUCUGUUCGGUGUGCUGAAUUUGGUAUUCCUAGUUGCCAUUAUGGUUCUAAUGAUUCGAUUCAUAUUGGAAAAAAUCUGGUAUCUUUCCUCAGUACUCAUAUGCCUCAUCUACAAACAUUACAUCUUUGGCGACCAGAUGAUUUUCCUUGGACAUCUACUCAACAUGUAAAUGUUUUUGAAAAAGAUCUUCGUCAAUUAUUUGAACGAUUGAAACAAUUUGUUUUUCUUGAUAUUCAUGGAAAAAUCGAUCUUGGAAAACUCGCACCAUAUCGUUCUAUGGUUCAAAAAUGUUUUCCUCAUAGUAGACUUGACAUAGAAUUAUCAAGAUUUCGUCUUUGGAUAUAA